AGCCUGCUUCAUGCAAACAAGCUCGCAAAGGAUACGUUCAACAAUUUGUUGACCUAUUUCAAGCUUGCCGUCACAGGAUGGUAUUACAAUGUUGCUUACGAUAGCUACACUGGUAACACCCGUUGAGUCGCAAGCUUGGGCGCGAGGUUUAGGGGAGACCGCGUUCAGCGGUAGCUCCCUCGGCAACGGCAUCCAGCCAAACCCUGACAUAAAAUGGGCUCAGGAGCAUCGACACAAGUGCAGCCCCGAUACAAAUGGGACGCGGACCACACGCUGAAGGGCCCAUGGACCUUUCUCUUCAAGGAGAAAGUCCAAUGCGCUUGCGAAGGCAGCAAAUGGUGCACGCGCGAAAACCCCGCCAAGCAGAAAGCGCCCAACGCCAUCGCGGGGCUGCACGCAAGCUGGGUGGGUGACAAGGUGUUGGCCAUGGCGCGGCCGUGGCAGGCCUACGUGGAGCAGUACCGGCUGGUGGACGCAUUCAAGCAGGCCAACAUCGGCAUGAUCUUAAACCUGCAGGAGGUGGGCGAGCACGCCAGCUGCGGCCCCGGCAACCUGCCCGGCACGGGGUUCACCUACGACCCCGAGUCUUUCAUGGCGGCGGGGAUUGGCUACUACAACUUCAGCUGGCGGGACAUGGGGGUGCCCUCCCUGGAUCGCAUGAUGGACAUCGUGCAGGUCAUGGACUACGUGACGGUGGUGGAGGGGCGCAAGAUCGCGGUGCACUGCCACGCCGGACUGGGCCGCACCGGCCUGUCCAUCGCCUGCUUCUUCGUCUUCUCCGGCCUGCACGAGUCGCCGGAGGAGGCCAUCUCCGCCACACGCCGUCAGCGCGCCGGCGCGGUGCAGACCUCCAAGCAGGCGGCCUUCGUAACCAUCUUCGGGCAGUACCUGCGAUACCUGCGCUGCGUCUUCGUGCCGCAGCCGGCGGGCGCGGGCAGCCUUGCGGCCGGCAAGCGCGUCGGCAGCACCAGUGCCAUGGUGGGAGGCGGCGGCGGAGGAGGAGGCGGUGCCGCGGGAGGGCAAUCUCUAGCGACGCAGUCGGCGCCGCCUAUGGCGGGGCAUGGAGGAGGUGGAGGAGGGCCGCCCGAUCUGCACAAGGUGGCGGCGGCUGCGCUGCCGCAGGGGGGCUUGCUGGAGGCCAAGACGCAGGGCGCCUCGCUGGUGGGGGUUUACGCCUCGGGGCUCACCGUGACGGUGCCGCUGCAGUCGGGCGGAGCAGGAGGCGGGGGGGCCGGAGCCGGCGGUGCAGGCGGCGCCGAGGGCCCCAUCACGGAUGAGGACCUGGGGCUGAAGAAGCCGCUGCCCUGGAACGACGCCUUCCACAUCCAGCCCCAGCACGCCCGCGACUUCAAGCCCAUGCCGCCCACCUCGUACACGGAGGCGCUGGCGCGGCAGGGUCGGCUGCUGCACGGGCCGGAGCGCCGCGCGUUGCUACGGCUGCACAAGUUGGUGAAGGAGUGUGUGUUCAGAAUCAUGGCGGCAGCACAGGUCUUCCAGCCCCCGCCGCCGCCCGCAGCGCCCGCGGCCGCAGCAGACCCGCACGGCGCCGGCGCUGCGGCGCUGCCGGCCAACUUUGCUGCCGCUCUGGCACACCUGAUUCGGCACCACAGCCAUGCGCACGUGGACACGCCUGGGCUGGCGCCACUAGCAGCUCACCCAUCGUGUGUGGGGCUCACAGGCCCCUCGGUUGAGGCGUCGGACGUGACGGCCACGGUAUCUGACCUGAAGGAGCAGAUCAACGCGGGCCGCUACGACGGCCUGUCGUCCGCGCCGUUGCUGGCGGUGAUGAUGAUGCUGGAGGCCUUCUUCGCCAACUUCAACGGCCGGGCGCAGGGCGGCAAGCCCGAAGAGACCUGCUCGCUCACGCCCGAGUGCCUCACCGUGGUGUCCAAAACCUACCAGGACUUGUUCGAGGGGCACGUCCCCGCGACACCCGGCAGUGCCGCAGCGGCGGUCGCCAACGGGACGCCUGGGGCGGCCAACGGCACGCACGCACCGGCGCCGGCAGACGGCGAGGCGCCGAAGGCGGGCGCGGGGGGCACGGAGCCUCUCGCCGUGGCGAAGCAGGCCUACGAGAUCCUGGAGCCGCUGCAGCCGCGCGACAGCGAGCUGCUGCUGGUGUUCGCGGCGCUCAUGCGCGUGGUGGCGCGCGUGUCGGGGCCCGGCUGCGAGGAGGCGGUGGUGGAGGUGGGCAAGUGGGCGGUGGGGCUGCUUAUAGGGCGGCUGUCCGGGCUUAUAGAGGCAGAGACGGCGGUGCUGUCCUUCCUGUGGUGGCUAGCGGGGCGGGACGAGGCCUUCGCGAUGCUGGUGCUGCUCAAGCGGCAGCGCAUCGCCGGGGGCCUUGGCGGCGCUGCCGGCGCCGCCCGCAGCCGGUCCAAGGGCAGCGGUGGCAAGGGCGUGGACGUGGCGGCGAUGCUCGCCGCCGCAGCAGCGUCGUUCGCGGCACCGCCACUGCCGGGCUCAGUGCCGGCGGAUGCGGCGGCUGCCGCGGCGACGGCGGCGGCGCUGCCGCCGGCGACGCCGGCGCAGCUGGAGGAGGAGGCGCGGGCGGAGGCCGCGGCGGCGAUGGCGGACGCCGCCGCCACGUCUGCCGCCGCAGGCGGCAUCCCGCCGCGGGCGCCGGUCAUCUAUGACCCCAACGACCCGGCGAUGCUGCCGGCGCUGCAGCUGGCGCAGCUGCUGAGCCAGGACAUACAGCAGCUGUACCGGACGUCAUUCCGGGAGGCGAUCGCGGGGAUCAGCACGGUGCUUUACCCGCCGCCGCCGCACACCGGCCGCAUCGAUGUGCACGACGUGUGGCGGUAGCUAGGGGCCGGGGUUAUGGAACCUAAGAACAAAGUGUGUGUGACUUGCAGAAAGUUGGGGGGUGGCGGUGGCGAGGCCCUGUCGACUUGCUCAGGUGCGCGGUAGGGUGGCUCCGGCGGGAGGGUGUCAUGAAUGAUGUCGUACCGUAUACUGAAAAUGUGUUGCAUCAAAAUGGUGGGAUAUGUGCAAGAUGGUGAAUCUCUCCUAGUCUGGGGGUGCGUACUGCUUCGAUGCAUGAUCGCAUGCGUGAUCUUGUUUGUGGUGGGCGAAGAAGACUUUGACCUGAUAGCGCAGGUGCUCGUAGUGUGCGAAGCGAGCUGUGAGGUGAAGUACGAUCAGGCGGCAUGGAUGGGGGAACCAGGAGCGUAGUGCCCCUUGAGCAUAGCUGGGGAGCAGCAGGGGGGGCGGUGUAUGGAGGCAUCCUGUAUGUUUAUUUGGGCGCUUUAUUGCGCGAAGCCAAUCGAGUCGUGACAGGUUCGUUUUGUGGCGUGAGUCAGUCCUCGUCAGUCCUUCUCGAGGUUUACACGUAGGCCGGGUUGAGCGUGGAGGCCGCCGGGUCCCCAACGACCUUCCUCUUGUGUUGGAUGGUCGAGCGUCCGCGAUGCGCACAUGCGCUUUUUGUGUAACGGUCGAGGCGU